GCAAUCAAUGCGGGAACACGGCGAAAGAUGUAGAAAACGAAACGAAACAGCUGCAGAGAAAAUCGCCGACAGCGAUUUCGUUCCGCUUGUGCUAGUGUUUGUAAUUUUUUAAGUGUCGAGUGCGUGGAAACGAAUGAAAACGGUGGCUGCAAAUCUGUAAGUUUUAUUUAAAACCCCAUUGGUAAUCGCUUGAUAAUUUUUAAUUAAAUACAUUCAAAGUGUUGUUAAUCAUUUUCCCAACGCAUGGAUUACAAAAGAAAUCUAUCAAAUGUUGAUUUCUCGUGAGAAAACCAAAUUGAAAAUGUGUAUAUGAGCAGUGAAAAUUUUUAUCUUGGAUGAAUUUCUUUUCCAGUACUUCUCAAUCUUCUGUACUGAAAUUGAAACAAGCGAAGUUGAAAGCAACAAAAGCGGACAAUUUAGUCGGUGUAUCUGAAGUAGACUGAGCUGCUGCUAAUAUUUUGUGUUGUUAAGUAAAACAAAUUGAUUAUUGAGUGAGAAUAAAUUUUCGUAGUAAGUACUUAUUGAAAAUAAAACCAUAAUCACAACAAAAAAGAAAUAAGGCAUAGCGAAUAUAAUGUAGAACAAUCACUAUGCAAAAUACAAUAAUAACAAGCAGUAAAUUCUAAAGCGAUCAGCGAAGUGUCAAAAAGUGGAACUCAAUUUAUUUAAAUUGCAUCAGCGCGUAUCUUCGUCGUUUUGAAAGAGAAGAAAAAAAUUGAAGCCGACAUAAAAACGUUGAACGUUCCUUCAAAAAAAAAAAUUUAACUGAAGACAACAGUAGAGUUAUAGAGACUGAUUUUGUAUUAUAAUAGUACGAAAUUACAAAUUUUGUAUAGAAUAACGAAUACUUACAAGCCUACAAAUCUGAGGGCUUUACAAAAUUGAGUUCAUAACAUAAAAGGAAAGUUCACCCAAAUGUUUGAAAAGACGAUCUAUUGAAGACUUUAACCCUAUUUUUCCUAAUAAAUUGGAAGUGCUCAUACACAGAAUGGGUAAACGAAUGAUAGUAGUAGAGGCGAAACAUGUAACGCCAGCCAAGCGCUCAAUACGUAAGCGUAAAAGAAACUCAGGGGGUGCAGCAGCCAAACUAAUUCGUGGAGGUCAGAAUUGGCACGAAAAUGAUGAUGAAGAUUCUUCUUCAAACGAUGCCGCCAUUGUCACACCUGUGGUCAGAAAUCAGUCUUCUAAACAAGCAAACAACUCUUCGAUAUUACUUAGCGCAAAUACUUCGGUGAAUGAAUCUCCAAAACCGGUGUAUACAUUAUUGCCAUCCAUAGUCAAUGGCACCAUUAUGUACGAUCUGAUGCAGAAACCUUGGAGACUUGGCAAACCUAUUGGGAAGGGAAAUUUCGGAGAGAUUUUUUUGGCAUCUGACAACAUUUCCAUUCCGGUUACCAACGAAAAUGCAAAAUUCGUUGUAAAAAUAGAACCGCAUUCAAAUGGUCCUUUAUUUGUGGAAAUACAUUGUUUGAUGAACACCGCCAAAGAAGAUCGCGAACAUAUGAAAAUGGAAAAUGGUAACGAUAAUGGUCACGAAGAUGUUGCCGCGUCUCUGCCGCAAAGUCCACCAUCGGGUAUACCUAACUAUAUUGCAUCAGGUUCUCAUUAUUUUGGAGAUGCACGAUAUCGUUUUUUAGUGCUGCAGCGAUUUGAUCGCGAUCUACAUUCAUUAAUAAAAAAUUGUCGGGUUCAUCAAAAAUCUGUAUUAACACUAGCCAUACAGAUUGUAAAUGUUUUAGAAAAGCUACACGACAAAGGCUAUUGUCAUAACGAUGUUAAAGCACAGAAUCUUAUGAUUUCCAAAUGCAAGUAUUAUAAAAAACAAACUGCAACUGCUCCAGUAAUCACGGGCAAAAGCAAAUCUUCCCGUUCUUCAAACCUAAAGUCUACAAAAUAUGAUGAGCACUACGAGGAGAAGCAACAAACUACCGAUAGUGGUAAUAGUUCAGAGCAGGAAGCGAAUGAUGAUGAUGAAGAAGAUGCUGAUUUUGUUGUAAAACGAAGCAUGUUUGCAGACGAAUAUGAAGAUGAGGACUUUGAUGAUGGUGCGACCACAAACAGCAACAAUAGCAACAGUGUGGACAUUUACGAAACUCCUAUCAACCGCAAUCGCAAACGUCGAACACGCAAUAAUCCUGUAGAAUUCAGUGGAUCGAAUCCGGUACGCUCAUGCCGUCGCCAAAAGCGUAACUCCAUAUAUGAAGAGAUGGUGAAGUCUCAUUAUUUACGACCUACGAAACGUAUUAGUUACUCGGAAUUUUUCAAUGAAGAUGGUGUUUCAAUAAAAGAUGAUCCUACUGAUUCGAAGUCGGUAACAUCUGAUGAUGACUCUGAAGAAUUUUUACCGAGUUCUGCGCGUCGUACUGGCACCAUGAAAAAGUCAAACCAUUCUUCAAAUACCUGCUUAACUACAACUACGAAACGAUUAACAAGACGUCAAGAGAAACUUUUCAACAAUUCAAAUGCCCACAAGUAUUUGCACAGUAACAGUAACACCAGUUCGUCUGCAACUGCCUUCGCUGAAUCACUUGUAGCCAUAGAAGAAGAACGUAUAUUCCUGAUUGACUUCGGUUUGGCUUCCAAAUUUAUGGACAAUGGUGUACAUCGUCCUUUCAUAAUGGAUCAACGCCGAGCACAUGAUGGUACUUUAGAAUUCACUUCACGGGAUGCUCAUAUGGGCGCCCAUUCACGGCGUAGUGACCUAGAGUGUUUAGGAUAUAAUUUAAUGUUUUGGUCUCAAGGUUAUUUGCCUUGGAAAGAUGCUGCCAUCCAACAUCAGCAAGAGAAGGUACAUCGUGCCAAAGAGUACCUAAUGACCGAUGUCCGUGAAAUGUUGAAACAAAUCUAUGGCAAGCAGGUUCCUAAAUAUUUGGGUGAGUUUCUUCAUCAAGUGGGUCAGUUGGCCUAUCACGACCGACCAGAUUAUGAAAGAUAUCGCCGUUUGUUCGAACGUGAAUUUCAACAGCUUGGCUACUCACUUGCUGACUUGCGCUUGGAUAGUAACGAAAUUGUCCGUACUUGUGUACGGGUUAAAGAGGAGAUUGAAAACAAAAAUGACAUUUUCGAAAUUAAUAAAUACAACGGCAAUGCAGCAUGGGGUAUUAUGAGCAACCUAUCAGUAGGCACACCAUUCCACGAGCGUACUCUUUCCAAUCGAGUGUCGCCGAAAAAUUUAAGAUCCAAAUCAGAUAAAAAGUCAUUAAAGAAGAAAAAAUUCUCAUGGGCAGAGAUUUUGUCUCAAGACCCUGAUCAAAUUGCAAGAGAACGUGCCGAAAAAGAAUUUGAUCGCGAAGAAGAACUAAGUGAAGUGCAACAACCAACCGUUCGCCGUUAUGAGGGUAAGCCAACGUAUGCUAUACUUGAAAUACAAAACCGCCUCAGAUUGAGCGGUAGAUUAGUUGAGCACAUCGAGGAAGAUGACCAGGAAGAUAGCGAUCAAGAUGCGGAGGAAAUGGAAGUUGACGAUGCUGACGAAACGGAAGACAACGAUGAUGAAGAUUGUGAUGACGAAAACGAUGAGGACGCUGAUACAGAUGCCACGGAGGACACGGAUACUGUGCGAAGUGGUGGCCACAACACUCGCGCACACAAUACAAGGUCUACCAGAAGAAACAUAACAUCGACAUUUACAGAAAAUGAUGGACGUAUUCAGAACAAUACCAAACAACGUCCAAACAACAUUUCAACAAAAUCUGCAGUAAAAACAAUAGCGAGCACAUCUAAAUCAAUAUCAUAUAAUGGUUCAACAGUGGCAAAUAAAUCUUUAGCAAAAUCAAAUAGCAAACGUUCCGCAGCACAGAGCAAUCGUAGAAGUUGCAAUAAUGAUAGCGGUAGACCAGAACGGCGAACUCGUCGUUGCUUAAUUAAGACUGAAACAGAAAUGGGUGAUGUUAUGGAACAACAAGAAAGUAAUUCAAAUUUCAAUCCAGACGUUUGCAGUUUGUUCAAUGUUUGGAAGAAAAUAGACAAUGAAAACAUCUACUAUCGUGGCAACAAUAACGUCGCAGCGGCAUCUACACGACAUUGUAAAAAGUGAAAAACUUACAACAAGCUUCGUUUCAUUAAGAGAAUCGUACUGUUUUCAAAUUUCGCAUUGUUUUCAAUUAUUAUAGAUUAAUAUUAUAAAAUAUUGAUUUGGAUGGCUAACUAGUGUAGAUUUAAGUUGUGUAGUGCUAAGAACCCAUAUGUAAAAGGGACAAAGCUGGAGACAAACAAAUACAAAAAACCCAAAAGUCAACAUUUUUCUUGUCUAACCAUAAAUCAACAUGCAGAAAAAACACUUAACAAAAGUGAGAGCAAAGUUUAAAUUGUAAAAAAUCUUACUGAAAAAUCUCAUAAAAAUGAAAAUAAAGUAUGUGAAUAGCAUAAAACAAUAUUAAAUUCAAAACAGUAUAUUUCAAUGAAAGUGCAAGUAUGAAAAUGAACAAAGAUUUCCACAACUAGAAUCCCAAAAGUAAUGACCUACGUUAUUAUGUUGUAUUAUAUGCACAUCAUUAAAUGUGUAGAGCAACAACAUAUACUUAUGUAAGCUUAUUCGUUAAAGUAAUCAAUAAUAACGGGAAUAUCUA